UUUUUUUUUUUGUGGGGGCGUCUCUCUCCUGGUCGUGGACCACGCCGCCGAGUGCCGAUUGACUGCAGGCGCUCGCUUAACAGCCUUGGUUUUCCACAGACACGGACUCUAAUAAACAGCCGAAGGUCUGGCCUGCUGGGUUUUUUUUUUUUUUUUUGAUGAGAUGGCCUGGCCUGCUGUUAAGUCCGUCUCAUGCUCGACUGCUCGUGCGUCUCCAGGAGUAGAUUUAUUCAAUCCAUUCCUUGUGUGAGGGGGAGAGUGUCAAGUGACAGUAUUUUAUUGCGAAAGUUGCCUAUAUUUGAGCCGAUCCUGUGAUCGUCCCCCCUCUCUCUCCGCCGAGAGUGGAGUGGAGUCGAGGACGAGGAGAGGCAGACGAGACCGACCAAGAAAUGCUCCCUUCGCGUGCCGCCGUCACUGUUCUUCUCCUCCCUCCCUGAUUUCAGUGCUCUCCUCUCUCAUAUCACCAGCAGAUCUGAAGCCCAUUCCGUCGGAGCCUGCGGCGGAGCGUGAAAAGUCGGCCACCAUGAGUCGCGAAGAUAUCCUCAAAGUCCAGACCCUCGAGCUCAAAGUUCCUAUCCACUGCGAUGGAUGCCUGAAGAAAGUGAAGAAGAUUGUCCAAAAAAUUGAUGGUGUGUACCAGAGCAGCGUCGACGCGGCGCUGGGGAAGGUGACGGUCACCGGGCUGAUGGACCCGGAGACCGUCAUCACCAAGAUCCACAAGUCCGGCAAGCCGGUGCGCGUCUGGGGAGAGAAGCCUGGCGUGCCCCUGGAGGUCCAGCUUGAGAACCUCAAGCUUGGCAGCGGUGGGAACGGGAAGGGCCAGCAGCAACCCAAGGACGAUGGCGGCAAGGGCAAGCAGCAACAGCCCAAGGAUGCUGGUGGCAAGGGCCAGGCCAAGGACGCCGGCGGCAAGGGACAGGGCCAGGGCAAGCAGCCCAAUGGUGGAGCGGGUGGUGGUGGCGCCGGUGCCGGCGCGAAGGAGGCGAAGGUGGUGGCGCCGCCGCCGCACCCGCAGCCGACUCCGUGGAUGAACAUGCAGGGAAUGAAGUUCCCUCCGCCGGAGGUCAUGCCCAUGGGCGCCGGCAAGAUGCCGAUGCCGAUGCCGUUCCCGGCGGCUUCGACGAAGGCGCAGGCCGCGGCGCCCAAGGACCCGAAGACGGUGAAGUUCGACCUCCCCGGGGGCGAUGAGUUCGGGGACGACGACAGCAGCGGCUUCGGCGACGAGUUCGACGAAUUCGACGACAUCGAUUUCGAGGAUGACGGCCUCGACGACGACCUCGACCUCGACGACGACCCCGCCAUGAUGACGAGGCCUAUGGCCAUGCCACCGGCUGCCGGCGGUGGCGACAAGAACGGCGGCAACGGCGGAAAGAAGGGUGGCGGCGCGCAGCAGCCGCCGCAGAACGGCAAGGGUGGUGGCAGCGGCGCCCCGGGCGGCGUGAGCCAGCCCGGGCAAGGCAAGAAAGGCGGCGUCCCCGCCGGCGCCGGUCUCGGUGGGCCCAUGAUGGGCGGUGGCGCGCCGCCGCAUCCGGCGGGAAGCAUGAUGAUGAGGCCGCCCCACAUGAUGGGCGGCGGCGGCGGCGCGGGUUUUCCCGGCAUGGGCCCGAUGGGCGGUGGCGGGCCCCUUGGCGGCAUGCCGAUGGCCCAUCCCCAAAUGGGUGGCCCCGGCGGCGCUCACGGCAAGCCUGCUGGCGGCAUGCCGAUGAGCGGCCUCCUCCCCCACAUGGGUGGCGCCGGCAUGCAGCCAGGCGGUGGUGGCGGGCACGGCAAGCCGGCUGGCGGCAUGCCGAUGGGCGGCCACCCCUACACGGGUGGCGCGGGCAUGCAGCCGGGCGGCGCGCACGGCAAGCCUGCUGGUGGCAUGCCGAUGGGCGGCCACCCCCACAUGGGUGUCCCCGGCAGCGCCGCGCACGGGAUGCCUGCUGGUGGCGGUAUGCCUGCUCCUGGGUUCUUUCCGGGCAGCAGCAUGCCGGCGGGGCAGGAGAUGCUGGCCAAGUCCCAGCUGCCACCGCAGCAGCAGCAACAGAUGGCCGCGGUGAUGGCGCAGCAGCAGCAGCAGAUGGCUGCCAUCAUGGCGCAGCAGCAGCAGCAGAUGCUGCUGAACGGGCACGGCCACCACCACGGCCACGGCGGCCAGGGGUAUCCACCACCGCCGGCAGCGAGCGGCAGCUACGGGUACGGGUACGGCCGGGCGCCGAUGCCGCCGCAGUACCCGCCGGCGGCGCCGUACUACUACGGGAUCCCUCCGCAGCGUCACCCGCACGACAACCUGUUCAGCGACGAGAACCCCAACGGGUGCUCGGUCAUGUGAGGCGACGUCGGUCGCCGGCCGGCGGCAUGCUGAAUGCUGAUGCUCUCUCCGGAUGAGAAACUGAACCAGCUGCAGCCAACCGGAAGGAGGGGAGGAGAGCUCAGGCCGUCGGAGGUGAUCACCGUGCGUGGACGUGGAUGGAAGCAGGGAGGCGAUCGGCAGCCACAACCGCCACCCCAGAUUUCCCUUUUCUAAAUUUCCCUUUACUUUUCUAGUUUAUCAUUUUCAGCUUUAAUUUACUUUUCUUUUUUCUGAACAAAAAAAAAAGAGAGCAGCUUCCUUGGAUUGGAAGGUAGGUAUAGUAGAGUAACUAUGAUAGUGGUGAUAAGAGAUGAUGAUGGUGCUUUGGUGUGAGCUGAAGGAGGAGGGAGGUGAUGCUAGCUGAUAGCUUGCUUCCCUUCAUUCUUUCUUGCUCCAUAUAAUGUGAUGAUGAUGAUGGUGGUGGAAUGAAUGAAUGAACAAUGUGCAAAAACAAGGUUAAAUGCCAAGCCA